AUAUUCUCCAGCACUCGUGGAGGACCUUCUUGCUCAAUUCAUAUAGCUUCGUGAACUCCGCCUUCUGAAAGCUGAAACUAAUCAAAAACUAAACUCAUUAUAAACAUAAAUUGCAUGCGCUCCCACUUCAUCGGCAACUUGUUAACCAAUCCAUCAUCACAUUCGCACCAUCUGAUCCUCAAUCUCUCGCUCUCUUCUUCCAUCCCCAAAAUGUCUUCCAUUACUCUCCCCCCGGUUCUUCCUGUUCGAAUGAUAACCUUCAAUGCUUCGGAGUCCUUGAACAGCUGCAAUUCGUCGAGCUUUACGGGUUCCAGACGUGGAAUUCGAAUCCGCGACUUCAGUUCUGAAAACCUUAACAAAUCUAGGCUUUCCAUGAGUGUUUCCGUUGGAUCCCGAACGGCUGUUGAUGACGCCUUGUUUUCUGAUUAUAAGCCUUCUUGUGCUUUUCUAUUUCCUGGUCAGGGUGCUCAAGCUGUAGGAAUGGGCAUGGAGGCUCAAAAUGUGCCAGCUGCUGCCAACUUAUACAAGAAAGCUAAUGACAUACUUGGUUUCGAUCUUCUGGAUGUUUGCACCAAUGGACCAAAAGAAAAGCUGAAUUCAACUGUUAUAAGCCAGCCAGCUAUCUAUGUCACAAGCCUAGCCGCAGUUGAGGUAAUACGUGCUCGUGAUGGAGGUCAGCAGAUAAUUGAUUCUGUAGAUGUCACUUGUGGUCUGAGCUUAGGAGAAUAUACUGCUCUUGCCUUCGCUGGAGCUUUCAGCUUUGAGGAUGGACUGAAGCUGGUCAAACUACGAGGAGAGGCCAUGCAGGAGGCAGCUGAUGCUGCUAAAAGUGCUAUGGUCAGUGUCAUAGGACUGGAUUCAGAAAAGGUCCAACUUUUAUGUGAUGCAGCUAACCAAGAAGUGGAUGAGGAAAAUAAAGUUCAGAUUGCAAAUUUCCUAUGUCCUGGUAACUAUGCCGUCUCUGGAGGUGUCAAAGGAGUGGAAGCACUAGAAGCCAAGGCGAAGUCAUUCAAGGCUCGAAUGACUGUACGGCUUGCUGUUGCUGGUGCUUUCCACACUAGUUUCAUGGAACCAGCUGUUUCAAGAUUGGAAGCUGCACUUGCAGCUACAGAAGUCAAAACCCCCAGAAUCCCGGUUAUAUCAAAUGUUGAUGCUCAGCCACAUGCAGAUCCCGAUACAAUUAAGAAGAUAUUGGCACGUCAGGUUACUUCUCCAGUUCAGUGGGAGACCACAGUGAAGAAUCUCCUAGCUAAAGGGCUCAAGAAGAGCUAUGAGUUAGGACCUGGAAAGGUUAUAGCUGGCAUCGUUAAAAGGAUGGAUAAAAGUGCAGCCAUAGAGAACAUUGGUGCUUAAAAACAGAUUAAGAAGAGUGUGUUCCUCCAGUGAGGCCUUGAGGCCCGUCUAUGUAUGGCUCCAUGAAUUGUCUGAGGGCACCUGAUGUUUCAACCGAUGGCUUAUUUGUUUGGACUUCGGAGUUGAACUAGCAAUGCCUACCAUGAGAAAAUGGAGAGAAUCGGAACUAGAAAUUUUGGAAGGUGGGAGUGUCGUUGUACUUCGCGACCCAGUCUGAGUUUGUAAUAGCUGUGCUUGGAAACUUGAAUGUUAAAACUUAAAAAUAGUAUUUAUUGUC